UCGUUCGGUUUUAACAAAAUGACAUCGCAUUAGAAACAAAUCGAUUCCAGUUUAAGGAUCUUCUCACCGGAGUAAAACGGAAAUUCCGGUUUCCCCAGGGUUUGGUUUUUUUCCGGAGGAAUGGAGCAACAGGUGGUGUUUAAGAUAUCGCUUGCGCCGGAAGACAUCUUGGCCACCCGUUUGUUGUUGUGCCAGGUGGACGGCUGCCGGGAGCAGUUCACUAACGAGUCCCAUCUACGAAUGCAUCUGACCCGAAGGCACCGAAUCCACAGCGAAAACGGCGGAGGGUUGCAGACUCCCAAAAAUGAUGAACGACCCGUCGAGCACUAUCAUUGUCCGGUGGAAUCAUGUCUGUACGCGCUGCAAUCGGGUGGCGAAAAGUACUUCCUGUCGUUCAAGAAUCUGAAGCAACAUUUUCUUAAGAUGCAUUCGGAUAAGAAUUUCUCAUGUGAUCGAUGUAAUGGCCAGAAAUCAUUUGCAACUGAGUCGCUUCUCAGAGCACAUCAGUCUAACUGCGGAAUUCAACAUGUUUGUCAGGUGUGCCAACUGCCUUACGGUAGUCGAGAAGCACUUCUCACUCACGCAAAAAGAAAGGGCCACGACUACGAGAAAGUGCUGGCCGCUAAAACAUCUAACAGUAAACGGAAGAUGAAAUCGACUUUCAAAAUUGAUAACUCCAAAAUGUCGAAAAUGAGCACUACAGUCGAAACUCAAACCGACCAAAACGUUGAAAACCUCAAAACGAUCCGCAAAUCUCGGACCACUCAAACCGAAUUGCAGGACGAACAUCUUUCGGGAUUUUUCAGAAGUGAAUGUUCAACUCAAACGUGCACCAUCAAUACCUUCACAUCAACCACUGACAAUUUUUGCCAAACAAACUUCGAACAGUUUGGUCAGUUCGAGGUACCUACUGAUCUGAUGUACCCGACUGGGACCACAGAACCUCCCACAUCUGCCAGCAGCAAUUGCGUUUGUACCGAAACGCAAACCGAUCUCAUUUACGAUUCGAUGUUCCCUAACGAGGACCGAACCGAUCCGAUGCUGUACUCGCACAUGUACACCCAGACCUGUGAUGAUAACAUAUUCUCCGAUCUCGCCCUAACCACCAUCGAAACGCAAACCAACUGGGGAACGGAAGAGUUGGGCGAGUUUCUCGUUUCGGCGGAAACGCAAACCGGUACCCUGGCGUUUGGGAACACAUCUUCGACUUCGACUACCGGAACGCAGCAGAGCAAUCUUCCUCGGGGAGAAACGAACGGAGACAACAGUAGGGGUGCCUCGACUCAGACGCAAGCUUCCACCAGUAUGGAGUUCCUGAAUGCUAUUAGCGCUGAAAGCAGCUCGAUUCAUACCCAAACCUCUUGAUAUUGUACCGACGAAAGUUACUAUUAUCGGUUGGAUUUCUGAUAGGGAAUUGAACAGGUAUUGUUACCGUUUUCUUCUCUCAAUGGAAGAAUGCCACAGUGUUGUAAAUUUCUUGGCAAAUUCAUUUUCUUUUUGUAAACUUAAAUAAUUCUAGUCAGAAUUCAAAGAGCUAUUAGGAAAUAACUGAUAAAAUACUUAAUGAAUUUGCACUAGGUGUUCGUUGUUAACUUCUCUCACACUGAUCGUAGCUGUGCAUCAAAAAUAUAGAACGUUCACACUCAA